AUGUCUUUCGGCGGGCAGACACCCACCAUUAUCGUCCUCAAGGAAGGCACCGACUCCUCCCAGGGAAAGCCUCAGAUCAUCUCAAACAUCAACGCCUGUCUGGCAGUCCAGGCAACGAUAAAAUCUACCCUCGGACCCUAUGGCGGCGACCUGUUGAUGGUUGACGAGAACGGCCGGCAGACGAUCACAAACGAUGGCGCAACCGUCAUGAAGCUCCUGGACAUUGUUCACCCAGCCGCAAGGAUCCUCGUUGAUAUCGCGCGGUCGCAGGACGCAGAGGUCGGCGACGGUACCACAUCCGUCGUCGUCCUGGCCGGGGAGAUCCUGAAAGAGGUCAAGGAGCACGUGGAGCAAGGCGUCAGUUCACAGACCAUCGUCAAGGGCUUGAGGAGAGCCUCUCAGAUGGCCGUCAACAAGGUCAAAGAGAUCGCCGUCAGCACCGACGAGGCCAACCACAGAGACACACUCGCCAAGCUGGCAGGGACCGCCAUGACCAGCAAAUUGAUUAAGCGGAAUACCGACUUUUUCACAAAGAUGGUUGUCGACGCUGUCCUGUCCCUCGACCAAGACGAUCUCGACGAGCACUUAAUAGGAGUCAAGAAGAUCCCCGGUGGCUCCCUCACCGAGUCCCUCUUCAUCAACGGCGUCGCCUUCAAGAAGACGUUCUCCUACGCCGGCUUCGAGCAACAACCCAAGUCCUUCACAAAGCCAAAGAUCGUCUGCCUCAACGUGGAGCUCGAGCUCAAGGCCGAGAAGGACAAUGCCGAGGUGCGCGUCGAGCAGGUCUCCGAGUACCAGGCCAUCGUGGACGCCGAGUGGCAGAUCAUCUUCCAGAAGCUCGAGGCCAUCCACAAGACGGGCGCCAAGGUCGUCCUCAGCAAGCUGCCCAUCGGCGACCUGGCCACCCAGUACUUUGCCGACCGCGACAUCUUCUGCGCAGGCCGCGUGGCCGCCGCGGACAUGGAGCGCGUCGUCCAGGCCACGGGCGCCACCGUGCAGAGCACGUGUUCCGACAUCCGCGCCGAGCACCUGGGGACCUGCGGGUCGUUCGACGAGCGGCAGAUCGGCGGGGAGCGGUUCAACUUCUUCGAGGACUGCCCGGAGGCCAAGACGUGCACGCUGGUGCUGCGCGGCGGGGCGGAGCAGUUCAUCGCCGAGGUGGAGCGGUCGCUGCACGACGCCAUCAUGAUCGUCAAGCGGGCGAUCCGCAACCGGACCAUCGUGGGCGGCGGCGGCGCCUGCGAGAUGGAGGUGUCGGCCUACCUGCACCGCUUCGCCGACAAGAACGUGCCCCACAAGCAGCAGGCCAUCAUCAAGUCCUUCGCCAAGGCCCUCGAGAUCGUGCCGCGCCAGCUGUGCGACAACGCCGGCUUCGACGCCACCGACAUCCUCAACAAGCUGCGCGUCGAGCAUCGCAAGGGCAACACCUGGGCCGGCGUCGACUUUGUCGGCGAGGGCGUCGCCGACAUGAUGGAGCGCUUCGUCUGGGAGCCCGCCCUCGUCAAGACCAACGCCAUCCAGGCCGCCACCGAGGCCUCGUGCCUCAUCCUCGGCGUCGACGAGACCAUCCGCAACGAGGAGAGCCAGCAGCCGCAGGCGCCCGGCAAGCCCUUGCCCCCGGGCGCGGCUCAGAGGGCCCUCAGGGGCCGGGGCCGCGGCAUGCCCAGGAGGUAA